AUGCGAGGUGGUCGAACUUGCCGACAAGAUGCUCGCUCCACUCCUUCUCGGGGUUGUGGCGUUAUACAUCCCAAUGUUGUGCAUCAGUUUUUACAACUCCGUCAUUUUCCGAGAGGAUAUGAAGUUAAUGCUACCACCCUUUCCUGGUGUUUUGUUGCGGCAGGAAUCUUAGCAACUGUCCUUUUCUUUGGAUCUAAAGUCAACGAAAAGGUUUGUUAGGGGAAACAUGUCUUUUAUUGAUUAUCCUAUUUGUGAAACAUUUUGGAUUUGAAGUUUUAUCCUAAUAGAGAUGGUGGGUGUAGACCUUUCGUUUUUUGUGUUUUUUUAUUAUGCUCUUGUGCAUGUACUUAAAUUUCAUAAUUUAACAUUUGUCUUUCAGAUUCACAGUUUUCAGAGCAUUUUGCAAACUAUGCCCGUCUCUACAGCGGAGGAAGCCAAGGUAACUUCUAUUUUUUUAACGCUUUUUUUCCAAAAUACUUGCGCGAAUCAAAGGCAACACUCUUGUGUACAGCCUUUCCAAUCCUUUUCAAAACUCUCAUCCUUCCUCUCCCAUCUUUUCCAGGUACUGUUGUUUUUACUCGACCUUCAAGGAGAACCGAAGGGUUUAUCAAUUGGAGGAUUGCUGGUCAUAACCAAGUCAACGUCCUUAGCGGUAAGUUAAUGCAUUGUCUUCAUCAUAUCCAAUUUCCAUUAGCUUAUGAUUGAAUUGCGAUUUAAUUUAACUGAACGCCUAAACAUUCUGUAAAAUUUCACUGUACUAAUCUACUUCUCAUUUCAGAUUGCUGGGGUAAUAGUGUCCUACUUUGCAGUUCUCUUAUCUUUACCACGUUGA